GAAAAAACCCUACACACAAUAAUCUCUUCUUCUCUCCGCCAUCAUCAUCAUCUUCAAAACCUAUAGUCAACUCUCUUUCUCUCUCUAACAUUCACUUUCUCUCUCUAGAUAUAUGAAUUUUUAGGGUUAAAGUUAUGGCGGCGGAGAGUUCAUCGGCGGGUAGAUCUAGUGGCGGCGGUGGAUCAACAACGGCGGAUUCAUAUAUCGGUAGUUUAAUUAGUUUGACUUCAAAGAGUGAGAUCCGUUAUGAAGGAAUUCUAUAUAAUAUCAAUACUGAUGAGUCCAGUAUCGGUCUUCGUAACGUAAGAUCAUUUGGAACAGAGGGAAGAAAGAAGGAUGGUCCUCAAGUACCUCCAAGCGACAAGAUUUAUGAGUACAUACUUUUUCGUGGAAGUGAUAUCAAGGAUUUACAAGUUAAGUCUUCGCCACCUCUUCAACCUACACCAGCUAUAAACAACGACCCAGCUAUUAUCCAGUCGCACUAUCCUCGACCACCUACCACAUCUGCAAGUUUACCUGCUGCUGUUGGUGGAUCUUUGACGGAUCUAAGUUCCCAUUCUGCUCAGCCAGGACAUCCUGGCUCAGCAUUCCAAAGUGGCCUGCCUUUGUAUCAACCUGGAGGGAAUAUAGGAUCUUGGGGUCCAUCACCUCCUCCUCCAAAUGCCGGUGCUGGUGGACUUGGUAUGCCAAUGUAUUGGCAAGGUUUUUAUAGUGCACCUAAUGGACUACCACAAAUGCAGCAACAAUCUUUGCUUCGUCCUCCUCCUGGACUUGCCAUGCCUCCUUCCAUGCCGCAGCCUCCUUCCAUGCCGCAAAUGCAGUUUUCUGGUUUCAAUUCGUCUUUGCCAACUGGAGGAUCAAGCCUACAAGCGUCUAACUUGCCAGAAUACCCUUCUUCAUUGAUGCCUACAACUACUAGUUUAACCUCUGGCACUUUACCUACUGCUACUUUGCCUUCCAGUGUGUCCCCUCUGCAACCUGUGGUACCUGCCACUGAAACAAUAUCCAGCCUUUCAAAGAAGGCUUCUGUAUCUGCUAUCCCUGCGUCGACAUUAAGUGCUAGUUUACCGACUUUACCUCCUUUGACAACAAGUCCUGAUGUAAAUCCUGUUGUUCCGCCAGUAUCUAUUAAACCCAACCCAGUACCUAGCCCAACUUUGUCUCAGUCUGUAUCUACUGUUGUGGGGCCAUCCAGUUCUAAUCUAGCGGAGACACCCACACCGUCGCUGGUAACACCAGGGCAGCUGUUGCAAUCUGGACCAAUUGAUGUUCCAUCAACUCAAUCUUCGCAGACAGCUCAAAAAGAUGUAGAAGUGGUUCAAGUAUUGCCCACACCAUCUUCAGAACCUCCAGCUCCUGUUAAAGCAGAAGCUCAGCCACCAAUAUUACCAUUACCACCUCAGACCCGUCAACAGAAGACAAAUGGAGCUCCAUAUCAGCCGCGUUACAACAACUACAGAGGGCGUGGUGGAAGAGGAAUGGGGGUUUCAAGACCAGUAACAAAGUUUGAUGAGGAUUUUGAUUUUAUGGCCAUGAACGAGAAGUUCAAGAAAGAUGAAGUAUGGGGUCAUCUUGGCAAAAGUAACAGAGAAGGAGAUGGAAAUGGCAGUGAUGAGGAUAUUUCUUACAUUGACUACGAGGAUGAUCUUCCUAAGAUUGAUGUCAAGCCUGUUUACAAUAAGGAUGACUUUUUUGACUCUUUAUCAAGUAAUGCACUUGACCAUGACUCAAAUCAUGGAAGGACCAGGUUUUCUGAGCAAAGGAAGAUAGAUGUUGAGACAUUCGGAGAUUUCUCAAGAUACAGGGGCGGCCGUGGUGGUCGUGGUCCUGGACGUGGUGGACGUUCUCGAGGAGGAUAUGGAAAUUAUGGAAGGGGAGGAUAUGGAAGUGGAAACGGAAAUGGAUAUGGAUAUGGUUAUGGCUAUGGUGGUAGGGGCAGAGGCCGUGGUGUGCCAUACCGUGCUUCGUAAAUGCAGUUGGUGUAUUUUCAAGGUUGACUAGAAGCAAAUAUCUGGCUCUUGUAGGCAAGGAUAUUGUUAGUACUAUGUAAUUCUGUAACGUUUGUGCAUUGUCUAGUUUCCGAAGAAUAAAUUCAGGCUGUAAAAGUAUGCUCGAUUUUCCUCGGGCUAGAGCUCAGUCUUCUAGCUGCAAAUUUCACAAUCACAAUGGCUGUAGUCAUUGGAUGUAGUUUGCUAGUCGAUUGCAAUGUGAAAAUUCGACAUUUCCUAUUUUCCUUCA